AUGGCCGCAGUCGCGCGGGUUCCGUUUGAUGUCUGGCUUGAAAUCCUGGGGAACGUCGAAGAGCCGAAGGAUCUGGCGCACUGCGCGCGGGUGAACAACUUGAUGUUCCAAGCAGCGAUACCCGUCUUGUACCGGAGCAUCAGAGUGAAAUAUGUUGAUUUGGACGGAAGGACAGGCGUUUCAAUGAUACAUCCGAACAGCGUCCUUGCCACGCUGAACACUCGUCCACAUUUGUCUGUGUAUGUCAGGGAGAUACGCUUCCAUGUAUACAACCGACUACACAAUGCGACCUACACCGUUCAGGACACGGGAGCUCCUAUACAUGUGCUGUCUACGCUAUUCAACCUAACCACAUGCACGGUCUAUUCGUCUGUUGAGAACGUCGUCUCUGCGGAGGUUCUUCGGAAUAUCACCGACAACCUACGUCUAUGUCAUAAUCUAUCACAUCUCCACUGGGACUUUGCAGUUACUGCUCGACACAUGCCUAUAUUGAGCGAACUGCCUUCAGACACCACUCUUCGACUACGCUCUCUCACCUUGGGAGACGCGUCGACUGAGGCCAUUCAGAAUCUCGAUGUGGUCCUACGCUCGUUUGACCAUCUCACCAGCUUACGCCUCAAGUCCACAUCAGGGCUAGAUAUCCCGCUGUCUCAAGAUCUUGUAAUGAAUGGUGCACUGUCGCGGUUGAAGGCCCUGCAAAUAGGCUUUUCGCAUACGUUACCGGCACCGGCCCUAUUGAGUUUCGUCUCCGCGGGCGCCAAUCUCACCGAACUUGACGUUGUAUACGACUACUUCUUGCUUGGUCGCGAUCUUAACAUUUCUUCGAGCCAGACUGGGCUUUCCCAACUCACGAGCCUCACAGUACGACAUCAAGGCGUCGCCGGUGUCGAUGCCUAUCAUGAACUCGUCGCAUGGAUCUCGCGGCUCGCGGCUAGAUCCCCUUUGCAGCACUUGAACGUCGUCUCCGACGAUGAUAAACGCCACGGCUGCAGGGGAGGUGCCUGUCUCGCUGCAGUAGCCCAGCAGCAUCCAACGCUCGUGUCUCUAUCAGCGGCACAUGUUUACCUUGGCGCAGCCUUCAUAUCGGCGGUAGCCAAGGCAUGCCCGCUGUUAGAGUACAUCGAGUGUGCGCCGCCUCCGCCACCUCGCGUCCGAAGGAAGAUAUCGGGACCGUCUGAAUCGGACAUUGAUGCGCUGCGAUCCGCGCUGUCCACACGGCCCUCCGGUUUCACGAUCGUCAACACGCGUCAGACUACGCAGGGCAACAGCUAUGUGGCAUGUAUGAAGCGACGAGUGACUCGGACGCUGCUCACUGCAUGA